AUGGUGGAACGAUUGAACAACCUUGUCUACCAAUCGGCCCCGAACGCCGGUUCUUUCAACCCACGCCAAGUUUCUCUGGACAUCCGCUCCGAAGAAGAGCUCGCCGCCGUCAAUCAGUUUUUAGUUGCCCUCGGACGCGACGUUGCGUCCAACUCUGCCGCGGCGACCCAGCAGCACGGCGCGGUCAGUUACUCCCCGGAACACUACUUCAAUGCCUCCGCACUGGAAGACCUCGGCCUCGCCGGCAUGCCUGGCCUCUCGUCGUCCUUCAGCUCC